CCUGAAGGAUCUACUGAGGUUCUCUGUGAAGAGAGAAAUGUUUGCACACUGAGAACAGAAGCUGUGUUUAUUUGAUCUGUACUGACGUCCGGGUUGUAAGAUUUUGACAUGUUUGUCACGUGACAUUUACUCGCGUGCGGGCUGGAAACUUGACACUAUACAUUAAUCAGGAAACCACAUUUAUACCCAAGUUUCCACGAGCCCAACAUCAUGGAGGAUAACAACAGUCAACAGGAAUUGAUCAUGUCUGAUCUGGGUGAUGAAGCUGAGGGGAAUAGUGUAGAAGAGAGUGCAACUAUCCAUGCCCACCAUUCCACCAUCAGAUCCAGUCAUCACUCUCUCAGGAACAUCUGCUUCAUGGUUGCUACCUGUCUUUUCAUUUUUGCCUUUGGAUUCCUGAUUGGCUACGUUAGUCAUAAAAAUAGAGAAGAAGACACUACGAGCCUCAUAGAGUCUACUUCCUCUGAAGAUGUGGUUCAGACAAAAACAAUCUUCUUCUGGAGCAAUAUCACAUCCUUGCUUAAAAAAAAACUGACCACAAGCAGCAUUGACAACAGUCUUAAUGAAUUUUCCAGCGUCAGUCAUCAGGCAGGAUCUCCAGGAGAUGAGGAACUAAGCAGUAAAAUCUGGAAAAAAUUCACUGAUUUUGGCAUGAAGCCUUGGACCGAUUCACACUUGGUUAAGAUUCAUGUUGGUCCUACAAAAGGUACCAACACGGUGGUGUUCCGUAAUACAACGUUCUCUGAACCUGGCUAUUUGGCCUACAGUCCAACCGGAACAGCACAGGGUGGAGUUCUGUAUGCUCAUUACGGACAAACAGGGGACUUUAAGUCCUUGCAAAACUUAAAUAUAACUUUAGAAGGAAAGAUCGUCUUGAUCAUGGCUGGAAAAAUAAGUUUUGCUGAAAAGGUUGCUAAUGCUGUCAGUGUCAAUGCGAGUGCAGUGCUGAUCUAUCCAGAUCCUGUUGAAUACUUGUUUGAUGAAGAAACUUCUCUGUUUGGUCAUGUCCAUCUUGGGUCUGGUGAUCCAUUCACUCCAGGUUUCCCAUCUUUCAACCACACCCGGUUUCCUCCAUCAAAGUCUUCAGGCCUGCCAAGCAUCCCUGCCCAGACCAUCAGAGCCAGUACAGCUGCAGCCAUCAUGAGGAACCUGGGAGGUCAUGAUCCACCCCCUGAAUGGGCUGGAGGUGGCUUGCGAGAUGUAGCAUACAAGCUUGGUGGUGAUGAUGACGUUGUCUCUGUGGAAGUCGACAACACCCUCACUGUCACGAAGAUCUUCAAUGUGUUUGGAGUCAUCAAGGGUUUCAUAGAUCCAGAUCUGUAUGUGGUAAUUGGAGCUCAGAGAGAUGCCUGGGGUCCUGGGUUUGCUAAGUCUACUGUUGGCACAAGUUUGCUGCUUGAGUUAGCCAGAGUUAUUACCAGCAUGAUACACGAAGAUGGAUUUAAACCCAGGAGGAGCAUUGUGUUUGCAAGCUGGACUGCUGGAGAAUACGGCGCUGUGGGUGCCACCGAGUGGCUGGAGAGCUACUUGUCUUCUUUGAAUAUGAAAGCCUUCUCCUACAUUAGCCUGGAUGGAGUUGUCACAGGUUCCCUUUUUAGCGCAAGUGCAAGCCCGCUUAUGUAUGACUUGAUAGCAAGUACUUUAAAAGAGGUAUCUUCCCCAAGUGACCAUAGUAAGAGUUUGUAUUCCCAAAUGGCUGGAAACAACUGGGAGGCCGCUGUGAUGAAGCAGAUGAGGAUGGAUGACCCCGCCUACACUUUCCAGGCCUUCUCUGGUAUUCCGUCAGUUUCAUUUCAAUUUACUGACAAGAAACCGUACCCCUUCUUUGGAACCAUGUUGGACACCAGAAAGAAUCUGGAAGCUGAAACAUCUACAGAACUGCUCGUGGUGGCCAAGGCAGCAGGUGAGAUCGCAGGGGUGAUGGCUCUGCGGCUGGUGCACGACCACCUUCUCAGACUAAACGUGGAGAAAUACAGGAACGUCCUGCACAUACACGUAGACAAGAUCAACAGAGAAGUGCUGCGUCUGCAGAAGACCAGCCACUUUACAGAGCACGUGCAAAUGCGGUGGUUGAUGUUGGCUUUGGGUUCGUACAGUCGUGCUUCUAAUCACCUCAUCACCAUCAUGGAAAACAGUGACCUUGAUGACUUGGAGCAAUGUCGCGUCAUCAACGACCAAAUCAUUGGGGUAGAGAGGAAUCUCCUGUCUCCCUACGUGUCGCCCCGGGACACUCCGUUCAGACACAUAUUGUUCGGCUCUGGAUCGCACACUCUGGGAGCUGUCUUCACACACCUGGCCUCGAUACCGAACGGUACCACCAGUGUUGACGCUGUCCUACUGAAUAAUCAGAUCGCUGUGGCCGCCUGGAUGAUCCAGAGCUGUGCUAAUGCUCUAGAAGGGAACGUGUGGGACACAGAAAAAGAAGUCGACUGAAAUAUUUGCACUGGAUUAGACUUUUACACUGCCUAAGUGACACUGCAGAGUCUCCCUUAAAGCCAUACACUGUGCCAUAUUUAGGCUGUGUUUCACCUGGAUGUGUGCAGAUAAUGUGAUAAGCAAGGAAUAAACCACUUGGGGUGUGCUGUUAUAGGAAAAUAAUCAGUGACCAACUUUUAUAACUCCUUGGAAUUCACCAGUCUCUCUGUUUACUCUCUCUUUGGGGGACUUUUAAACUUCUUUGUCCUGAUUACUUUCAUGUGUUUGAAUUCUUACUGACUGUUCCAGUGUGCUGGCACUGGAGACUCCUUCCGUAAAACAUAUGGAGAAUCUGCUAUCGCUUGGUCCAGGUUAAUAAGAACGAGAAAGAUAAACAUGCGGUAUGUCUUGCGGCCAAAACUACUGUCAGAGAUUCUGCUUUAGAAAAUGAAUCAACACUUUCACGCCAAUCAAAAUCUAGUAUCAUUAAUAAAAAAUAUGUUAAACAUGA